UCUGGCCUGCCUACAGGGAUGGAGGUCUACCCCGUGCGCCCACGUUACUUGGAGUUGAUCCCGGAGCCGCUGCUGGCCGGAGUGUUAGGAGGAGUCUGCUUCCUGUUCGUGGCCAUCAUUCUCUCGUUGGUCACGGCAUGCUACAUGAGUCAAAGGAGAGAGCGUCGCCGCAAAAACAGAAGAAAAGAUCUCCCGUCUGCCCUGCAGAAGAGCUCAUCUUCUCCACAAGCUCGCUCACCUCCUCGCAGCCCAGACAGCGUCCUCAAGCUGAAGCUGUGUUCGCCGCUUCCCUUCUUCUCCACCUCCUCCUCCUCGCAGUCGGACCGCUCAUCCUUCGAUAAAGGCAGCCGCGGGGAAUACCACAACCAGAGGAAACAACUCCUGUCCAACUCGUCCCCGCCGCCGCAUUACACGCUCUUCGAGAGUCACCUGGGCUCCCAGGACCCGUCGCCGACUGCUCUGGAGUCUAUCUCCAGAGGCCCGGACGGACGCUUCAUUGUCCAGCCGCUGCUCAAAGGUUCCAGUCCCUCCAAUCACAUCAACUUGAGGAAGGAGGUCGUACAAAGUAACGGUGGGGCGAGUGGCUCAGGGAGCAACCGGACAUCACUCAGGGACUCUCCAAAGUCGAGUGUCUUAAGCUCAGAGAAAGAGGAGAGGAGGAACUCUCCGCUCACCGUGGACGUCCCCGAGCUGAGCCGUCCUCCUUCCUCUCCCGGAAGAGUACGCGCCAUGGCGAGAAACUUCUCCCGUCACGGCUGCUUUUACUCUGACGACGAACAAUGCUCAGAGGCUCUGUUGGAAAGAGCCAGCUUCUAUUCAGACAAUAGUGAGAAAAAACCCAGCGAUUCUCUCAGGAGGUAUCGCUUGCCGGGCCACACUGAAGAUCUCUUCUCGAGUUUGGGGAGGAAAACAAAGCUGCUGGAUCGAGACAGAGACAGACCGGGCUACCAGCCGAUGGAGAGUCAGCUGACUAAUAACAGCACCGUUGUCUCGCAACUUGACAGCGAGCUGGAGAGGGAAAGUUUUAACAAGUGUGUGCAACUGCAAAAGGAGAGGGAAGAAAUGGAGAGGGAGCUGGAGAGCUAUACGACCGAACAAAGAGGUCAGGGUCGCGGGAGUCACGAACAACCGUUUGAGAAAGCAAAAAGCCCUCAAAGGGAGUCACCUGAGUCCGAGGAAGAGCCAGUAUGGAAGCCACAAGUUGUUACCAUCAGACAGAAACACAGGCAUCCAGGGCAGACGAAUCGGGUGUCUGACUAUCGGAGAGCGUGCUACUUCGGGAACACGAGCAGUCCCAUGGAUCGGCUCGCCACGUCUCGCGUACAUUGGGACAUUAGCCCGGUUACAUCACUCACAAGCCUCAUUCCUGCACAGGAAACGACAUCGCCCAGGGACACACGCAGGGACACCACCGAUAUCUCCUUUGCCGUUGAUUCAUCCCGUUCCCCGGUCACACAGAACACCUCACUGCCUAUGCUGUCCCCUGAUGUCAGCUCUCAAAGUCUUAAACCACCAGACAGAGCCAGGUCGCUGAGUCCCCCGAGAGAGCCAGAAAGAAGCAGGAAGUCCGUGACUGAGCAGGGAUUAGGAGUAAAGGCACAAGACAAAGGUGCUGCUUCGAGGUCAAGACAUUCAUACGCUUACGCCGGCACUCAGCCCUGGAGUUCAGCCGCCAGAGGUCCCGAAAGUUCAGCCUCUGCAGCGUGUAAUCAGCCUGCAAAAUACUACACAGCCACACGGGAUCCCAGUCCAUCAAUUUAUUCUACUUUACCUUAUGAACAUGACGAAGUACGGGCAAAGGCCAAAGACAAAGACACUCAAGCUCGAGAUGAGCGACGCAGUUCAGGGUUUUACUCCGAGUUCGAGAGAGAGGGUGUGCGAGCGCGCUCCAGGAGAAGUGAUAAAUGUCUCUUCUCGGACAGCCCGAGCCCUAUUUCAACAUUGACGCUUGUGGAAGAGGUCAAAAGUGACCAGUCCCAAUGUUCUGUCCCCGCAAUAUCCGGGUCCUUUAAGGCCAAGCCUGCAGCUCCAUCUCCCCAAAUGUCCCCUCUGCAGACAAGUGCAAUUCUCGAAUACCUGAGUCUCCCGGGCUUCAUUGAAAUGAGCGUCGACGAGCCCUUGGAAGACGCUACAGUCACAGACAAUGCUGGACAAAGUCCAGCUCUAAAGCCAGUAAAAUCCACGGAUGUUGAGCCGGAUGUAGUUCCUAGAAACUGGGAGGUCCAUGUUCAGGAAAAGAGGGAAACGCACCCAAACGGUCAACCCGCGGGCGCUGCAGAGGCCGGCUCUCGCGCUGGUAAAACACACCCGGAAGCUAGAGAUUCUUCCCACAGAGUCAGAUUUCCAGAUGACACAAGACCAUCGUUACCUGGUCCGGAAAAAACUUGCAAGCAGCUCUAUAACGAGAAAACACAGAUACGCGUUGGGAACAAAAGCGCAGACAGACCUGAAUCUAGACUCGGCUCGAGGUCGGCUCACACCUUACUCAGUGCGGCGCGAGGAAUGGCCGACAUAGUGUCCAAACACUCUCACAGUUUUGUAGACAGUAGCGAGUCUUUACCAGAGCAAUCCAAAAGACAAAGGACUAAUAACAUUGCGUCGCGAAUUUGUCAAGCCCCUGUGCCAUUUCUAAAGAAGUCCGUGAGCGUGGGCCCGUGUAGGACGCUCUCGGGUAUGGGACAGCCUCGCCCGUUUUUAAAGAAAUCCAUCAGCUUAGGCUCGCAGCGGUGGGAGCACUUCGAGAGCCCCAGGACGUAUAUUUCUGAGAAAUGUUACUGGGACGAGUUCCCAAACCCAGAUGUCAGACUGAAGUCCUACAGUCUGGGUCGCAGUCCGCCUUCCCUCCCCAGGCCGGGCCCGUCCUGGAGGGAGUACGUCCCGUUCAGACGCCCCCCGAGCAUGUGGAGCUUAGAGAGGCCUCACCACACACACAGGUAUUUAGCUAGUCCUCCCUACCUCACUCAGUCCAUGUACCCACCCAGACAAACCUCCAUGUCUCCGAUGCUGGAGCCCGCCGAUCCACGGCGGCAAGCCGCUGUUUUCCCCGAGUCCUCCAGGUGGUCUCCUAAUUACCACGAAGCCGUGAGGUCUGCUCAGCAUAAAUACGUCCCCAUCAAGUACCAACAGUGGCCAGGAUCCAGAGGGGAAGGCGUGAGACCGGUAGACCCCGGCAGGGGUCCCCCGCGGUCCUACCUGCCCCGAGGCAUCAGCUGGCCCUCGCCGUGCUACGCCCCGUUUCCACCGAGGAGGGGGGGCGAGGCAGAGCCCCGGGAGGGGGGGAGGGCCAGUUACGCCAGUCAGAGCAGCGGGAGGGGCAGCGCCGGUCUCUUCCGACAGUCCCUGUCCAUCACGCCGACGCUGCUCAGCUCCCCCGAAACCACGGAGGACAGCGAGCGGCACCGGGCGGAGACGGAGCCGCCCGAGAGGAGACAAAAAAGAAGGAACACGUCAGUAGAUGAGAGUUAUGAGUGGGACUCCGCGGACGCGUGUCUGGACUCCGAGGUCCUGGAGGCCACGAGGUUUGAUCCAUCAGGUUUUCGGAGAGGCGGAGCGGACCCCCGACACGAUCAAGCCGCUGGCCUCCAGGACCGGCGACAGAAAGGUGAGCUUUCAUUUCCACUUUCUCCCUCUCUGUGUGGUGUUUUGAUGUUUUGAUGUCGCGUUUGUCGU